AUGUACGGAAAUCUAUCAAAUAAACUUAUUCUAGACGCCAAACGAACGUCCAACCUUGCCGAUGUUCCAUUGUACCAAACAGACUUGGUUCGGGAUAUCGUCAAGGAAACUUUGGACCUCAACAAAGAUGCAGAGUUCCUUUCUGAACAACAGCAGUUACUGCAGCAGGAGCCACUCACCGAGGAAGAGUCCAAGAUCAAUCAAUGUCAACUAUUUGUCACCCAUUUGUGCAUGCGUAGAAAUAAACGUUGUUUGUUGGCGUAUGAGAAGUCUAGGGCCGAUAAAAUUGAUGAAUUCACGUGGUUGAACGUCGAUCCAGUAGUGAAUAAUGAUGCAGAGGAUAAGCUGCCCGGCCUUGACUCGGCCACCCAAUUAAACAACUCUGGGUUCACAGGAAAUACCACGCGUCUUUCCCUCGAUAACUUGUCUCACGCGGAACAAGAGUACUUCAAGAAUUACCAGAACCUCCUAGUACACUACAAGUCAGGGUUCCCUGAUCUUGAUCUUCUGGGAGAUUUAGUUCCUCCUACAAACAUUUUCAUAGACGUGCGGGUUUUGAAAGAUGGUGGGGAAGUUCAAACGGAAUAUGGGGUAUUCAAUCUUAUUAAAGAUUCUCAAUUCUACGUACGGAAAUCAGAUGUUGAACGGUUAAUUCAACAAGGAUAUUUGGAAGAAAUAUAA